GAAGCAUACAGGUUUCUUUGGUAGCAUUAGUAGAGAGGGGGGAAAUCAGCCUUUGCAUAACAAACGUUGAGAUUAUUUUUUUACUUAAAUUCCUCAGGAUACUGUGCUACUAAUGUCAGAAAGGUCCAUUGGUGAAAUAGUCUUCAGGAUAUGGUAUGGGGGAAAGAGUUAUUUGGCUCCCUGACACCUUAAAUUGACUUUCCUCAAACUGACUAUUCAUUAUAGAGAGGAAAGAGGCUUUCUUCUGUAGCUUUAUGUUUAUUCCCUAUUUAGUCAGAAAUACAACUUUCCUUAUGAAACUCAGCUCAGGUUUUUCCUCUUUUUAACUGAAGACAUGCUGACUGACUAGCUUUUUACAGCAACAUCACUAAACCAUCCCUCUCUGUGUAGAAUUGUGUUCAAAAUGGCAGAGGGAUGUCUCCACACACACCCCCAAGUUUCUACUUCCAAAUAAACGUUGAACAUACUUAACAAAGUGCCUCGACAUACAGUUGAUUUAAACUGAAAGUUUGUCCAGUGCAUUAAAGUCUAUGAACAGCUCUACCAUGAAGAAACAUGUUUCAACUAGUGGUAUUUCCCAUUCAGAACUCUGCCUAUUCACAAGCUGAGUUUUGCAUGAGGUGGAAGACCGGCAGAUAACGGGGAGAGAAGAGAAGACUUCUAGCUUCCAACUGAUUUGUUGCAAGGAGCCUUAUUCUGUGUCUCCUAUUUUUCCUCCCUUACUCGUUUCUGUUCCUCUCUUGUCGGGAAUGACCAAAAUGGACGGGGUUUUGUUAGGCUGGGCUGCAUUCUUGUGGGUAACAGCUGUAACUGAAGCACUGGAUGUCAUGGUACCCGAGAAGAAACGGGUAGCCAUGCUCUUUCAGCCUGUUGUACUUCGCUGCCACUUUUCAACUUCUUCCACACAACCAGCGGUGAUACAAUGGAGGUUCAAAUCCUAUUGCCAGGAUCGCAUGGGUGAAGCCCUGGGAGUGGUUUCUGCAGGAAUACAGGCAGUGAACAAGAGGAACUUGGAAUGGGACCCUUACUUGGACUGUUUGGACAACAGAAGAACAGUUCGAGCAGUAGCUUCCAAGCAGGGCUCUUCAGUAACAAUAGGAGAAUUUUACAAAGGAAGAGAUGUCACCAUUGUCCAUGAUGCAGAUCUUCACAUUGGGAAACUGAUGUGGGGAGACAGUGGACUGUAUUACUGUCUUAUUAUCACGCCUGAUGAUGUAGAGGGCAAGAAUGAAGAGUCAGUGGAGCUGCUUGUUCUUGGCAGGACAGGGCUGCUUGCUGAUCUUUUGCCCAGUUUUGCUGUGGAUAUUAUGCCAGAAUGGGUGUUUGUGGGUUUGGUGAUCCUGGGGGCUUUCCUCUUCUUUCUCCUUGUUGGGAUUUGCUGGUGCCAGUGCUGUCCUCAUAGCUGCUGCUGUUAUAUCCGGUGCCCUUGCUGUCCAGAUACCUGCUGCUGCCCACGGGCAUUGUAUGAAGCAGGGAAGGCUGCAAAGGCUGGCUAUCCUCCAGCAGUCACCUCAAUCCCUGGACCUUACUAUAUUCCCACUGUGGGUGGAGUCCCAUCUCAUGCGGUCCUAAUGGAAAAGUCACAUCUUCCACCUUUGGCACCAAGUGAAUCCAAUCCAGGAGGACAAAGUGUGCGCAAGGGUUACCGGAUCCAGACUGACAAAGACAGAGAUUCUAUGAAGGUGCUAUACUAUGUUGAGAAAGAAUUGGCUCAGUUUGACCCAGCCAGGAGGAUGCGGGAGAGAUAUAACAACACUAUCUCAGAGCUCAGUUCCCUCCACGAUGAAAAUGGCAGCUUCCGCCAACCUUACCGGCAGGUGCGCAGGAAGCCGCUUCCUCCUUCAGGGGACAUGGAUGGUGAUGCAGAGUAUUGGGCUGGAGUUGUCAGUGGUGGUGGCAUGUCCAGGCCACAGACAUGUUCUGAUUAUAGAGAAGAAAGAGGCAGUUUCAAGUUCAGCCAGCAGAGAUCAAAGUCAGAAAUGCUUUCAAGGAAGAGUUUCUCAUUAGGGAUGCCAGCUGUCUCUAUGGAUGAACUUGCAGCCUUUGCAGAGUCCUAUAGUCAACAUGCUCGUCACACGGGAGGGAGACAGGAAUCCAGACGUUUUGAGAGAUCAGGGUCACGAGGAACCCAUGGAGGGUCUGUACAGCACCCAGGCGACUCAGAUAAUUACUACAGCAAACGUAGAGGAGGAAACCGUGAGCCAUUGACAGAUUCAGGUCAAGGUUGGGCAUAUAGCCCAUCCAGAAGACAUACCCAGGAAGAGAAACACUUACCUAGACUAGUGUGUCGAACACCUGGAGGGAGUCAGAAACAUGAUCACUCCUACCUCACUAGUGCUCUAGAGAGGAAAUCGCGAAGCUAUGAUGAGGGUGGUGAACACAAUGAGACACCUUCGAAACUUAGCUCACAAUCUAGUCAAAGAGGAGGAACAUACUAUGCUUGGUCGCCACCAUCUACUUACCAAAGGGGACAGCAGCAGCCGCAGCAACAGCAGCAACCUCCACAACAAGAGGAAGGAGAGGACACUCUGCCACCCUACAGCGAGAUGGAACUGAACCGGGGCUCUUCAUACAGAAGCAGAGAACAAUCUAACCUCAGUGCCUCUGAUAAGAAGAGGAAAAAAGAGCCCAAGAAGACAAAUGAGUUCCCAACAAGGAUGUCCCUUGUGGUGUGAUGGAGGAAGAGUUACAUUAGUGGAUUUGGAAAACAGAAGCAGUUGUAGUUCAAAGCCAUACAGGCAUCAAGGAAUGUUUUGUUUUGUUUCAUCGUGGACUCAAAGUCUUAUGAGAUGGCUCAUUCAAACCAAUUGCUGUCAUCCUAUUAACUCCUUGAAAAGGAGCACCUCACUGAGCCAAAAAGUAAACACAGAGAUUUUGUUUCUCAAACUCACCCUCUGAUUUUUCUAUUUAUCUUGGGUCUUAUCUGCAACAGGGAGCUGCUUUCAUAUAUCAUAUGUAUUCUCUCUCCUGUAUGAUAUACUUCUUACCUAUGAUGCUUUGCAGGGAAAGUUGCCACAGGUUUUGAGGACCUCGCAAUUUGCUCAUUACAUCUCGUUCUGAGAAGAAUAAGAUAUUUACACUUAACAAUUACUUCAGAAUGAGUGAAAUUUUCAAGGAAACUUGUACUGUAAAAGGAAAUCUUAAUCCUUUUGUAAAUGAUUCAAAGCUGAGACUUGGGGCACUGCACUAAGAAGGACAGGGUAGUGUUUAAUGACUCUUAGAAUUCUUGGGUUCUUGAAAAAUGUCCUCAUUCGGUAUCAUAUCAGGAGCCACCAAUGAGAUUAUUUUGUUUUGAAAGUGAAACACAGUGGAUUUUGCUGUAAUGAAAACGUGCCGUGUUAUUUCACUGUUGUCUGAUAUGAUGAUGUAUUAGCAUUGCCUUACAGUUGAACUAUAGCCAUAAAAGUUUCAGCUGUGACUGCUGAUUGGUUGUAACCAGAGCUUCAAGCUAAGGCUCUUCUGACAGUAUUUUCUGGACAAUGAUUAUUUUUUAAAAGCCAAAUAAUAGAAAUUAAGAGAACUAGAAUGAGAAAAUAUGUGUGCAAAAGUUGCACAUCCUCUUACUUUUAUAUUUCUACAAAGACCAGUAUUAGUUCUUUCUUGUAAUUGGUUGAAGCCAUUUAAUGAGGCAGCAAAAAUGUGCAAAAUAAAUAU